AUGGGGUGUGGCGCAAGUAUACCAGUUCAAGACGAACAAGAUCCGUUCUUGCAAGACAAACAAAUCAACGAUGCCAUAGAACAAUCCUUACACUUGAACAAAGCCAAUGCUAAAAACGGCGUCAAGUUGUUAUUACUAGGCGCAGGUGAAAGUGGUAAAUCAACGGUAUUGAAACAACUCAAGCUAUUACACAAGGGAGGAUUCUCACACCAAGAACGAAUGCAAUAUUCAAACAUUAUAUGGUGUGACGUGAUUCAAAGUAUGAAAAUCUUGAUUAUUCAAGCUCGAAAAUUGAAAAUCCGUCUAGAUUGCGACCAGCCUAAUAGUGCAUUGAUUCCGUUCAAGAGAUGCGUGUUACGUAGUGACGCCUUGACUCAAAUUGAUACUAGUAUUGCUGGUGGAACCAAUUUCUUGAAUGAUUAUAUUUUGAAAUAUGAUGAAAAGAUAAAAAUGAAGCGGAAAUUGAAUAGCACCGGGGUGGUUGGGUUUUUAGGCGAUCCUGGACAAAAAGGAAACGACACUAGUGCCAAUAACGAUGAGAUUGACCCCGAAAUCAGAGACGAAGUUUUGUCAGGUAUCCCACAAGCUGUUGUUGGUGGCGGUAACAACAAUGGUAAUGAACAGCCUCGUUACUCGCGCCACGAUAUUGCUGAAUCAAUACAUCAAUUGUGGGCCAAUGAUUCCGGUAUCAAGAAAUGUUUUGAACGAUCAAAUGAGUUUCAAUUUGAGAGCAGCGCUGAGUACUACUUUGACAAUGUCUUCAACUUUGCUGACCCUAGUUACUUGUGUUCUGACUUGGACAUUUUGAAAGGACGAAUCAAAACCACAGGUAUCACAGAGACCAACUUCACCAUCAACUCCUUCCAAUUCAAAGUGUUGGAUGCCGGUGGACAACGAAGCGAACGUAGGAAAUGGAUCCAUUGUUUUGAUGACAUCACUGCCGUGUUGUUUGUCCUUGCAAUUAACGAGUACGAUCAAAUGUUAUUUGAAGAUGAACGAGUCAAUCGUAUGCAUGAGUCAAUCAUCUUGUUUGAUCAAUUGUGCAACUCAAAAUGGUUUGUCAAUACCCCCUUCAUUUUAUUCUUGAAUAAGAUUGAUAUAUUCGAAGAAAAGAUCAAACGUAACCCACUAAAGAAGUAUUUCCCCGAUUAUAGGGGCAAGAGAGAUGAUGUUGAUGAAGCGCUUAAAUUCUUUGAAACGAAUUUUUUAAAGAUGAAUAGGACCAAUAAACCCAUAUAUGUCCAUCGAACUUGCGCUACUGAUACAAAAUCAAUGAAGUUUGUAUUGAGUGCUGUUGCUGAUAUUGUCAUUCAACUGAAUUUGAAAAAGAGUGGAAUCAUGUGA